AUGGGCUCUUCUCAGCCACCAAGGAUUCUACCUGCCGAUGAAUUAGUCGAAGAGGAGCGUGUGCCCGGGUAUCGACCUGAGUUAUACUAUCCUGCAACUCCGGGGCAAGUCCUCAAUUCUCGAUAUAAAAUCCUAACAAAAAUUGGGUGGGGCAGAACUUCUACCGUAUGGUUGGCGCAGGAGUUGGAUGGUCCAGAAGAAAUGCCUUUCCCAUACGUGACGCUGAAGCUUACCACCGCUGAUCCUGACUUUGAGGACGUUGCUUUGCACGAACUCAACAUGAACAAAUAUCUUACAAAAGACACUUAUUUUGCCGGUUCUCUAUUUGUCAGGGCCGCUUUUGAUCAUUUCAUGGCUACCAGCCCUACCGGAACCGAGCACCUAUGCCUGGUUUUCGAUGCUAUGCGGGAACCUUUGAGUCAAUUUAAAUACCGUCUCCCGGGUGGUUGCAUUCCACCUUCGCUGUUGAAAGUAUACGCGGAGUUCAUAUUGCAAGGGUUGGAAUAUCUCCAUUCCCAUUGUCAGAUCGUCCAUACUGAUCUCAAAACAGACAACAUCUUGAUGUCGUUCGAAGAUGUAAAUGUGGUUGAGGAGUAUGUGAAGGCUCAGGAUGAGCAUCCCAUGCCUCGUAAAACAAUUGGCGACCGAACCAUAUACCUCUCGCACAAUAAUUUUGGUGACCUACGAUCAUACUGGGUGCUGCCACGAAUUGCUGAUUUUGGUCUGGCACACCAUGUAGAUGGGAAAAGGCCCCUUCGUCAUCCGAUACAGCCGCCUCUCUACCACGCUCCCGAGGUCUUACUUGGGGCCCCUUGGUCAUAUAGCGCUGACAUCUGGAAUCUGGGCGUCUUGCUUUUUGAGUUACUAGAAAAUAGGCAGCUCUUCCGUCACCUCGAGUCGCAAAAAGGCGUGUAUACUGCUCAGGCUCAUCUUGCCGAGAUGAUUGCACUGUUUGGACCGCCGCCACAGAAGCUCAUUGAGCAGGAGAAACAGUGGUGCGACGUGCCCUGGGACCGAUCAUUUCCCGGCCCAGACGGUACUUGGUACGAUACAGCUCGUGAAUACUAUGGCGGACCUUUCUUCGACUCAAAAGGCCAUUUCACCCACACCCAAAUCAUUCCCAAGGACGUCAGACUCGACGACUGCGUCACGUGUUUGACAGGAAAAGAAAAAGAGCUUUUUCUCAACUUUGUGAGGAAAAUGUUGCGAUGGUUGCCAGAAGAGAGGAAGACUGCAAAAGAGCUUCGCGAGGACCCUUGGCUGUAUUCAGAUCUCGAUAAAACGUGA